UUGUGCUGUGUCAGUCUCGAGCUUCGCGCCGUCUCGAAUGGACUCGGUAAACGAGUCUUUGCUCGAUUUUUAAACUUCGCUUAUCGCCAGUGAGUGUAGUGUGCAGUGCCAAUUAAAAACAAACCCCACCCACCGAUCCCCAAAAAAUUUUUAAUUCAAAUUUCCCGCCAAAAAAAAUUAUUUUCCCCUCACAUUAAAAAAAAAAAAUUCCCUGCAAAUUUUUUGCCAAAAAAAAAAUUCAAAAAAGGAUUUAUUUCAACCACUAAGUUAAGAUUUGAAAAAAGUUUAUUAUCAACAAUAAAUAUUUCUCAAAAUUAAAUUUUUUUUUUGAAAAUUGACGCAAAUUUUUUGGGGAAAAAGAACCAAAAUUUGCGGAAAGAAAGUUGAAGAAAAGUGACCAGAAGUAAAAAAAACCGGGGAAUUCCCUUCAAAAAUGAAGGGAUGAAGAUUGGAUUUUUCAACGAGGGAUUUUCAUGUGUCAGGAAAAAUUUCAAGGUCGCGCGAUGAUGUUUCGCGACUUCCGGCACAGCAAAGGCGACGGAAAUCGUCAAAAUUGUCACCGAUGAGAAGAAUUUUCAAAUCCAAAAAGAAAAGAUAAAUUUCACUUGAAAAGAAAAUCGAAAGAUCGAAAUUUAGGGGAAUACCCAAAAAUCAUGUGAUUACCGGACAAAAUUUUGUUUUCAUUCUCCAGAAGGGAAAGUUUUCUAUAAAUAAAAGGGGAAAUAAAUAAAUAAAAUAUAGGAAGGGAAAAUUCGAUUUACAGAGUCACUCUCGAGAGUAUUGUAUAUGUAAUUUGAUAUAAUAGAGUUAUGUGUAUGAGGGUGCAAUAAGAAAAUAAGAGAAAAGUGUUGCGGAAUUCUACUUUAAUAAAGCGCGAAAAUAACGCCUGCCCCCACUUUUGAGAUUGAAGAAUAUAAUCGAAAAUUGCUUAUAAGAUUUGAAAUCACAGUUAUUGGAGAGGUCCGUCGAUCAAAGUUUUGAAUCCGUAAAUAUACUCACCAUCGACCACGUGGAGUUGCAGAUGCGUGACGAGUACUUGCACUUCUCAUAAUUUCUAUUUUGUGUCUUCACAAUUUAUUUUCCUUCGUUUUAAAAAAAAGUGAAAUUUUGUUUGCAAUUAUUUUUUGACAGUGCCUUUUGUUUUGCAAAAAAAAAAAAAUGGAGUGGAUACGUUAUUGUUUUCAAUUUCCCAACGGAAAAAUCACUCGAAAAUCCACAGCCAUGGACUGGCGGGGGGCCACGCUGACGAUUCUCUUGAUCACAAUGGCGAGGCACAGCACUACACAAGCAGCACAAAUACCUUCGCUACCUCCGACGUCGACAGUGGCAAUAGCAAACACAGUGCAAAUCGAAUGUGCGAGCGAGUCGAUAAUCGUCCACAUAUCAACUGAGGGUAAUACUGAUUUUCAUGGUCUGGUUUAUCCCAGGGGGUUGUCUAAAAAUAGCUCCUGUCUACAGGAGUACAGAAAUCAACCAGUACCCAUUACCUAUAACUUGCCUCUCAGAUCCUGCAACACCAUGCCCACCGAACUGGACGACGGUGGAAUCGAAUACUUUAAUACGAUAGUGGUGCAACCGCACCUAAAACUUGUCACGAAUCAGGGCAGAGGUUUCCACGUGAGAUGUCGCUAUCAGACUCGAGACAAAGUUAUCACGAACGACCAAGCACAAACCGCCAUGUUACAAUCUUUGCCUCAGCAGUCCAUGACGCCAAUGCCGGGCUGUACAAUGAAGAUUUUUAGCGGGGACCCAACGAGACAUCGAGUCGCAGAGAAUGUGAAAAUUGGCGACCCUUUAACUCUAGUGAUAAGCAUUGACAAACAGGAUUUAUUUGGUCUCAAAAUAUCCGACUGUAUAGUUCGAGACGGUCUCGGAUGGGGCGAGCAACGUCUCAUUAAUGACCAAGGGUGUCCUGUUGAUGGUGAAAUUAUGGGUCAAUUCACUUAUAAUGGAGACAAGACGGAGGCCAAAGUCAAUUUUCAAGCUCACAAAUUUCCUUACACAGCGAGCGUCUAUUAUCAAUGUAACGUUCGUCUUUGUGUCAAAGAUGGCGGCGGUUGCUCACAUACGCCGCCAUUGUGCAAUGAAGUAAGAAGAAGACGCAGGGACUCGAGUGCUGAAGAAAAGAAUAAGGCAGCAGCCGAGGGCUUGGAUGGUGGCACGCCAGCCACGAUAGAAGUUUACAGUGGACUUUACGUGAACGAGGCAUCUGAUCUUGCCUCAAGAUCAGAUUUUGCUGAUGUCUUCAGAGAAAGAGCGUUCGAUGAUCCGAACAGUAUCUGCAUUUCGCCGAAGACAUUCACGAUCGCGGUGAUAAUAGCGAGUCUAAUUUUGAUGCUGUCCGUGGCGGCAGCGAUUUUCCUCGUCAUGGCAAAGAGGCGGCACAAGAGUGUCUCAACCACGGGCUCAUCCAUAUAUAGCGGCCCCUACACGAACACCGCCUACAGCCACAGCAGUUAAAUCCACAAUAAUUCAGAAUUCGCAUUAUUUAUAUUAUUAAAAAAAACGAGCCUAAAUAAUUAUUAUACUAUGUAAUAAUAAUAAUCAAUUAUUAUAAUUUUUAUAAUAAUAAUCAUUCAAAAAAAAAAAAAAAAAAAACCGAAUCCUCGAGAUAUUAAAAG